AGUCGUGUGGGAAGCUCCAUGAAUGCGGCUGCACAGUAGCAGACUUCUGCACCUGAUCCCGUUGCGCCUCUAUAGGACGAGGUAAUGCAAACCUCCUCUCCUCUUCCACCAUCUCCGAUCUCUUUUUCUGGAUACAAAUUUUUUUUUUUUUCAUUUUUAAUCUAAGAGGAACGCUUUACCAGUCCUCCAAUUUCCUCCCAUCCGCUGUGCUCUCUGACUGGGGGGAGGGAUGGAAGGGACGGUGAGAGCGCGGACUUUCCUGCUCCUAUUUUGCACCGGAGCGGACUGAAGGCUCAGUGACAAGUAAUUUAUUUUUGAAACAUGUCUCAUAUGUAGUAUUAACCUCUCUUUAUUUCCACCCCUGACUGAAACACAAAGAACCACGUUGGAAAUAUGUUGCCAGGAUGGAAAAUAACCCACAGUCUGACUGGAGCGCAUUGGCUGUUCUUUACCCCUUUGCGCAACUUCAGCUCGUAACGACCCAGUAUUUAUUAUUCCAUGGAUCGCUGAAGGUUGCGGUGCAGAUCUGAAUCCAGACACAGUGUUGGAACCUCCUUAAUUUCCUGUUUUGCGUUGGGGGGGAAAAGCCCUUUGAGAAUGAGAGGUUUAUCUGGCUGCAUCCACCUUGCACCCUUUUCCUUGUUUCGGAGUCUCUGGACGCACCAUCAACAUCUCUAAAGGUAAAAAAAAAAAGGCAAAAGGAAAGAGGGGGAAGAUCUCUACUUCAUCAUACUUCUCUGCUCUUUGCCUUUUCUACCUCCUCUGUAAGCAAAUGAGCCCUCUCCCAUGGAGGUAGUACAGCCGCUCUGGGGGCCCAAUGACCAGCGGGGACAUUUUUCCAAGCAAAAGGAGCCCGUCAGCAAGAGGCGCAUCGGAUGAAAUCAGACCCCCGCACCCUCCCUAUUCACCCACCCCACUUCCUUUUCCUCCUCUGUUACUCCCCACCCUACCCUCUUCCCUAUUCCUCCUUCUAGUUUAGCUUGAAUUGUGUGAAAGCCACACAGGGGCAUAGAGGGGCUAGAGAAACCUUGUUGCACCCCCUCAAAUCCAUCUGCGCUCUUACACUCGAGCUAGAAGGACUGUUUUGCGCACGUCUCCAUCAAUGCUGCCCCAAGUCUCCAGAGGGAGCCGCGCUCAUUGCCACCGCAGCUUUUGGUUACUAAAUGGUUUACUGGGGGAGGUUUUCUAACCGGCGAGAUGCUGCUCGUACCCCUGCUGGCAGCCUUUUUUUCCUCCAUCUCGGGCUCCCUCUCCUCAUCCCUCUCCUCCAUGUCAGACGGACCUCCGAUGACGGACCCCACUGCCUCGGACCUGAUGGCUGAGACCUGCAUUGCCUGCUCUUGCAUGUCGGUGGAGAACGUGCUGUACGUCAACUGCGAGAAGAUCACUGUCUAUAGGCCCACACAGCUCAUCCCUCCGGCCUCCUCCCUGUACCACCUGAACUUCCAGAACAAUUUUCUGAUUGUGCUGUACCCUAACUCGUUUCUCAACUUCACCCACGCUGUGUCACUGCAGCUGGGGAACAAUAAACUGCAGAACAUUGAAGGUGGCGCGUUCAUGGGGAUGAGCGCGUUGAAGCAGCUGCACCUUAACAAUAACGAGUUGAAGGUGCUGCGAGCUGACACUUUCCAAGGCAUUGAAAACCUGGAAUACCUUCAGGCUGACUACAAUUUAAUAAAAUACAUUGAAAAGGGAGCAUUUAACAAACUACACAAACUCAAAGUGCUGAUUCUGAAUGAUAAUCUCAUACAGGCACUUCCUGAGAACAUUUUCCGCUUUGCCUCUCUCACACACUUGGAUAUAAGAGGAAACAGGAUCCAGAACCUUCCUUAUUUAGGAGUCCUCGAGCAUAUCGGCCGGAUCGUAGAGCUGCAGCUUGACGACAACCCCUGGAACUGUACCUGUGAUUUAGCACCUCUGAAGGCGUGGCUUGAAAACAUGCCCUACAAUAUUUUUAUUGGCGAGGCCAUAUGUGAAACACCAAGUGACUUAUAUGGGAGGCUCCUGAAAGAAACCAACAGACAGGAGCUUUGUCCCAUGGGAACGGGAAGUGAGUUUGAUAUUAAGAUGCCACCUGCACAGCCAGAAAAUGGGCAGGGGCCAUCUAAAAUGACGCCAACCACAGCAGCUCCAAAAUCGCCAAAAACAACUGACUCGUCUAAGUUUUAUGGAAACGGCAUUGUGGCUGGUUUACCCCCUUUUGGCAAAAACAGAGAGAUUGUUCCACGGACUCCCCUAAUGUUGUGUCCACUCCCUUGCAGCUGUAAGGCCCAUCCCUCUGACUUUGGUGUUAGUGUAAGCUGUCAGGAAAGGAGUAUAAGAAAUCUUGCUGAUCUUAAUUCCAAACCCCCAAAUGCCAAGAAACUUCACCUAAGUGGGAAUUAUAUCCGUGAUAUCAGCCCAACUGAUUUCCAAGGCUUUGAGGGCUUAGAUUUGCUUCAUCUUGGCAGUAAUCAAAUUGCAGUGGUACAAAAAGGUGUGUUUGCUAACCUUACUAAUCUGAGGAGACUGUAUUUGAAUGGGAAUCAACUUGAACAGCUACACCCAGAGAUGUUUCUGGGGCUCACAAACCUCCAGUACCUUUAUUUGGAAUACAAUGCCAUUAAAGAGAUCCUUGCAAGCACAUUUGACUCUAUGCCCAAUCUACAACUCCUGUAUCUCAACAACAAUGUCCUUCGCAGUCUCCCAGCCUAUAUCUUUGCUGGUGUCCCUCUAGCCAGGCUCAACUUGAAAAACAACCACUUCAUGACAUUGCCAGUGAGUGGUGUCCUGGACAAUCUGCGGUCGCUGACCCAGAUAGAUCUAGAGGGCAACCCAUGGGAGUGCUCCUGCGAUCUGGUCGCACUCAAGCUUUGGCUGCAGAGGCUCAGUGAUGGAGUGGCUGCAAAAGAGGUGAAAUGUGCCUCCCCUGUGCAGUUUGCCAACAUUGAGCUGCGUCUGAUUAAAAACGAGAUUCUCUGUCCUAAACUCACGACACCUCCACCUAUCUCAAGCUCCACCCCAAUUGUGACCUCAGUAUCACCCGCAGGAGUCGGCAAGGCACCUCCAGGAGGACCUGUGCCUCUCUCCAUUAUGAUUCUCAGCAUACUUGUGGUGCUUAUCCUAACUGUGUUUGUGGCCUUCUGCCUUCUAGUCUUUGUCCUAAGGCGGAAUAAAAAGCCCGUGGGCCGACAAGAGGGGCUAGGGAACCAGGAGUGUGGCUCGUUGUCUCUACAGCUUCGUCGCCAUGGCCACAAAUCUGGCAAGAAAGGGUCCAUCCCUGGGGAUGACUUGGGAGGUGAAACGUUCAUUCCCCAGACCAUUGAGCACAUUGGCAAGAGCCACACCUGUGGCAUUGGACGCUCCUCAGACAUGGACGCCGGCUUCAAGUUUGCCGACUCGCAGAGACAGAAGAUCAUCCUGCGAAACUGUCCCGAUAAGGACAAGGACCUACUCUCCACCCUGGAGCGCAACAAACGCCUCAGCACCAUCGAUGAACUCGAGGAGUUUCUCCCCAACCGAGAGCCUAGCCUGUUCAUCCACAACUUCUUGGACAGUAAAAGAGAUUUUAACAGUAUAGGGAUGGGCGGGUAUGAAAUCCGCUAUCCUGAAAAGACACUGGAUAAAAAGAUGAAGAAAUCAUCACUGAUAGGUGGAAACCACAGUAAGAUCGUGGUGGAGCAGAGGAAAAGUGAGUAUUAUGAGUUGAAAGCCAAGCUCCAAGGGACGCCUGAUUACCUGCAGGUGCUCGAGGAGCAGACUGCCCUGAGUAAAAUGUAGGAACUGUUUUGUUUGAUGGUCAGCACUGAUUACACACACAUCAAGCCAAUAGACAGGCAAACUCUAUCUUAUUUCUGUUCUCUCUUCAAGUCUCACACACACACAUACACCCCAUUCAAACCCUCUCGUCUCUGGCUUUCUUUCUUCAACUCUAUAUCCACAUCCACACACACGCGCACGCCUACACACACAGAACAAAAAAGUGCCUUCUGGAAAUCCUUAAUGACCAAUGCAGAGAUAGACAAAAUGGCUCCACACUACAAAGCUAUUAUUAGAACCAGAGCGGAUGUAUUUCAGAGUAAGAGACCUUUUGGAUUUUCCAUGCCACUACCUGUAUGAAUCCCGCAAACUUACAACAGGAUCCCCAAAAAACAAAAAUAUCAAAAUUACAGUCGUAGUAUUUUUGCUGCUAUUGAAAUGGAUUUUUUUUUGUUCUCUUUUUGUUCUUUUCCUUCUCCUUUUGUUGUUACAACCAAAUCAAAGGGUCUUGAAAACAGUGCUUGAGAAUAUACCUCACUGCCAUCAGGCCGUGUUUAACAAAAGGAAAACGCAGGGGGAGCGUCGGGUGUUGAUCGCUUGGAGAGAAUCAAGAGAUUUUUGAAUCUGGAAUGAGGUUUUUGAACACUUAAUGACUUUUAUGGAUGCUACAUUUUUCCCCUUCUUGUUUUUUUUUUUGUUGUUGUUUUUUUAUUAUUAUGAUUUUUAUUGUGAGGUUGUCCACAUCUGGGGAUCCUCUCUGAAGUCAACAGCAGACUCUCUGCCAUCUUGUCUGGAUUACCCACCAGCAGCAGUACACCUGCUCUUUGCUGGGAAGAUAAACGGCUCCUGUUUUGCAUUAAUGGCAACUGACAGCACUGUAAAACUCUCUCUCUCUUUUUUUUUUGGGAAUGAUUUAAUGACUUGCUUUCUUGUGUAAAGAGCCAUGUUAAAUAUAGUGUCUUCUGAAUGGAGUUGUGUUUCUCUUUGAAGUUGCUACUUACAGUAAACGUAUGUUUCUGUUUUUUUUUUCUUUUUUGUUUUUUUUUCUGGGUGAAACCUAACGGCACAUACACUGUCAGAGACGUUAUUUCUUGAAAAAAAGAAGAAAAAAAAAAGAAAAAAGAAACCCGAAGGAAAAAAAAAAGUUACAAAGCUGCUUGCCAUGUAAGCGUAACCUGGAAUUUAUUUUGUAAGUCUUACAUUGUUUGUAUCUGUGGGACUGAUUUGUAAAUUACAAGGACAGACUAAUAUCUCCACACUGAUACUGUGCGACGGAGCAUCUUCGAGAGACUAUGACUCAGUGUGUUAAAACCAACCCAUAAUAUAUUUCAAUCAGCGAUCCUGCACCCCUCGCCAGCUCUCAAUUCUUAGUUAAAAGAAAUAACAACAUAGCUCAUUUAUUUUUCUAUGCAGGAUUAUUUAAGAGGUAUUGGUUUUAUUUAAAAGGGAUAAGAAAAGGAACAGAGAGGACUUGACAAAACACUUCAGAGCUAUUUCAGGCCACAAAGAGUGACUGUUGAGUUGUCCUAAGUGGGUCUUUGCUUCUUUCCAUUUUGCUGAGCAGCUUGAACCUGCGAAAACAAAAAGAGUGUGAAAUGUAAUCUCUAGCGUUUCUUCUCAAAAGAUGACAGAACGAGGCCUGGUAGUCUACAAAACUCCUGAGCGGUUUUCCCGAUUCUUCUAUCUCCCUCAAUAUGUUGUGAAAAAAAAUAAAUAAAAAAAAAGGUUUCUUAUCAACAUUAUGCAACCAAAAUAAAUGUGCAUUAAACUUGAUGUGCUUCUGGCAUUGUUGGGUUUGGGGAGAGGAGACGUUCUGAGGCAAACAAAUUGAGGCUCUAAAUUAUUAGACUUGGACAGAAUCAUAUCGUAAAACACCAUGUGCAAUAUUAGUAGUAAAAAAAAAAACAAAAACAAAAAAAAAACGCUCAGACAUGAUGGCUUCAAAUAAUUUUAUUUAGUUUGGGGUUAUGUUGUCAGGACAAGUUCUAUUUUAAAAUUCUUUUAUCCGCUUUACUCUAUUUGGUCCUUAUUUAAAAAGCAUUAUUAAGUUAAAUUUCUGAGUGUUUUUGACAAUAAAACUGAGUAGAAUGUAUCAUGAAAAGUAUAAUAAAUACAAUUUUCUAUUGGUCAGAAAUCUCCUGUAUAUUGGUUCAUUUUCUCUUGUAUAAUCAUGUUGAAAUCAAGGUAUUAAAAUCAGCACCUAUUUGCACUGUGUCCCCCUUUUUUCUUGAAGUUAAAAUCCUCGUUACCUUUUUUAUGGUGCUUGAUGAAAACGGCCCUCAUGGUUCUAUUAGACUGAAAAACGCUGUUGAUGCUAAUGCGCUGCUGCUUGUUACAUCUGGAACAUUUUCAAGUGGGUGUGCUCAGCUGGAAGCAUUAUUUAGAACUACUUGUCCCGCAAAUUUCUUUAAAAAUGCCAUUCAACUGAUUAUUUAGACUCUUUAAAGCUUGUCCUGAGAAGUUAUUAGCAGUAAUCUGUGGUGAAAAGUGGUCAUAUUUUUAUGACUUUAGACUAAUUUGAUUUAAAUGUAUUGGUGUUCUCUCACUUUUCAAGUCAAGAGUUACUAUUCUUUAGCUUUAUGUUAGCUAAAGCUACUGGUAGUAUCAGUUGACCUUGUUAGCUGUGUUAGCUUGUAAACUGUGACUAGCUAGCCCCUCCAACUCCGCCAGGUGUUGGGUAAACAUUAUGAUAUUUAUGUAAAACGCAUGUUCUUGUGAUUCUUCAAGUGUCAUAGUUCUGAUAAAAUGAUCCUAGCUGGUUUCAGGUGAGCAAACUGGGAAAAUGAUGCAGCUACAGUCUCUCCUCAUGUAGCUUUAGCAUAAUAAUACAGAAGGCGUAAGUCUGAGAAAAUAGCAACAAACCUGGUGGUAAAUGUAUUCCAAUUACUACCCACUAAAAUGUGAAAAUAUAAAUAUUUCAGUUUAGAUUACUGUAAGGAGUUAAACAUGGCUUAAAAAGAGGCUUUCUGCUUCAGGAAUGGGAGCUAACACUAUCCAAACUCUUCAUUUAAGGCUUUUUGAUGGAAAUUUUUGAGGUUAUGAACAGUUUAUAACUUAACAGGCAAUAUAAUUCUUGUAUUCAGAAGAAACAGAUUUUAAUUUCUCAAAGACUGAAGCUGUUGGGUCAGUUGAACAGACAAGAGAUAAUGUAGUGAUUUUUUAUUUUCAAAUCAAAUUUCUUUUUUUAUAAUCAAAUUUCAAAAAUGUCAAAGCAGGUGGCACAAAAUGUUGUUUUGCAACCUGCGCCACUGAAUUAUUCACAUACAACCUAGUGGUGAAAGCUCCCUGGGUCUUAUUAGCUUCCUGCUAAUAAGGUAAACAGUGUACAAACAGUUUUGGUAUUUACAUCAUCUCAGCUAAAACACCAUAUGGAAAAUACAGAUUUAAUAAACUUUUUAUAUAUUUUGUUUGAAACUUGCAUUUAAUGCUUGAAACAAUGAAACAACAUAGAACAUCCUUAGUAAAUUAGCAAAAAUUUGGGCCAUAUCCAUUUUCUGUGUUUGUAGAGUUUGAUCUUUUUGUACCUGACUUCUUUGGGUAGGACAUGCGGCCGUGAAAUUUUAGACAUUUACAUUUAAGGAAAAGUUCCAUACAGACGUCAGAACUAUAAGAGACUACAAUGAGACACUUUUAGAAGUAAUUUUGGGUGAGAUUUACAAAUAUUUAUUUCUGUAAUUUAUUCAGAAACGUACUUUUCAAGGAAACGAACGUAGGGAAGAAUCAAAUUGUAUUGCAUUUGUCCCAAACUGGCACUAAAAAGGCAAAACUGUGAGCUGACCGAUUGGAUCUUUUGUUGAAAUAAAUAUUGAAUAUUACAGUUCUGUAAAGCAGAGUUGACAUAAACCUUCAGAAGACUUGUGCGAUCAUAGUCGCUGUGUUGAGAUGGCUCAAUCUACUUUGUUCAGUUUCUUUUGGUGACUCUGAUUUCCACCAAGUGAAGAGAUUAAAAUGGGUCUGGGUAAGAUACUGACAACUCUCAGGACUCCCAAAAAUCCUGUGUAGCCCUUAAAAGUUAUAUUAAAAAUGCAGUGUAGUAUUCAAAUUUGACCUGUUUCAUACUGGGAUUUUCUUCUAUCCUCUUUUUGGAGCCACUUCCUCCUCCCAGGCAGCUGCCCUCGUCCCGCCACCUGAGCGCCGGACGUUUUUAGAUACCUCUAUCAAACUUUCAUGCCUUUUCAGGGUUAAAAAUUCCCUUCUUCUCCUCGUCUGUGGUGAUCCAACCUUUCGGGCUCGUGAAAGACCCGGCAGCAGAAAGCAUGACUCAUCCCACACGCCAGAGAAUUGUCCUCGUUAAUAAUUAAAACCCUUGGCAGUUAUGAACUAAAAAAAGGCAUGUGGGGAGUUGGGUGAGGGAAUCUGAUACGUCCAAACUUUUUUGUCUCAUCUUUUUCCUUCCCGUUCUGUCAAACCCUUGGUCAUGCCGCGCUCGUCAGAGACCAGACAAAUCAGCCAGAAAUGGCAAAAAAUGAAAAACAUAAAGUAAAGAUAGGCACGGUCUGCAAAAAAAAGGGCCAUGUUUUGAUUCCAACGUUUUUACCGCAGUGACUUUGUUUCUGUGUCAGAUCAAGAGGUUCUUGCAGGGUGGAGGAAUGGUUUUCUUCCUAAUUUAACUCAUUACGCAGGAGUAGAAACAGAAAACAUGGAGAAAAGCCUUGUGGCUUUUAUUCCAUUUAUUUGUGUUUGUUUCUCUCUCUUUUCUCUGUGCUUAUCAUCCCACCUGCUGCAGAGGCAGUUAUGUAAUCCUGUACUGAAUGCUCACUGUAAAAAAAAAAAAAAAAAAUCUCCCUGUUUCAGAGCAGAACAUAUUAGUUAACUAUAGAGUCAUUUUUUUACAGGCAUCAUGACUGAUUGGAAGGUUAUAAAUGGGGAGCAACUGAUGGAGAACUGCUAAAAGCUGAGAUAUGGAAUCGGCCACUAGAGGCGCUGUGCACUUUGUCUAUAGAGGCCAAGCAGCUGAGCUGAAGAACAGUUUCAGCUGGAAAAGCGUUUAGCCAAAGAAUGAAAGGCAAAUUUAUGUUGUUUUUGUGACUUUAACUCUUAUUUUAAACAGUUUUAACGGUUUUGAUGAAUGUAUUUUUGAUAAAGCUCCUUUUAAUUUCCAGGUAUUAAUGUAAGAAGUAAGUACAGCUGAUUACUGAUUUCAGAUAAAGCCCCAAAGAAACAACGUGGAACUUUACAUGUUUACGGCAAGCUGUUUUUUUUUGUUUGUUUUUUUUUUUUCUUCACAUUGUUACUUUUGGUUUUGUUAUUGUGCUAAUGAUUUGUCAAUUAGCUACCGCCGGGUUCAGAUCAGUUUAAAAACCUGAUCUAAACAAACCUGGAGUUCCAGAAAGCAGUGACAUGAUUAUUUCCUGUUUUCCAUAUUUAAAGAUUGUAUUUGUCUUUAGACUUUUUGUGACUAAAUUAAAUAGCACAAAACAAUCAAGACCUUGAUCAAAACAUUAUUGUUAGAGUGGGUUAAAAAAUACAUUAUCUAAAUAUAAGUUAAGAUUAAAAAGAAAAUCCUUUCAGAAAUCAUAUGUUUUAUGUUUUGGAUCAAAGGUUUUAGGGUUAUGUCUGAAUAUUCUAAAUGAUAUAAAUUAGAAACAGGUAUACUUUACUUUCCAAAUGACUAACAUGCUUGAGCUUUUUUCAGGUUUGAAUCUAUGCCUGUUUACAGAUUCCUUUUCUAAAAAAAAAAUCUUAUUUACUAAAAUGCUGCCUGUUAGCUCACUGUUGAAAAGAUUCAUUUGAAGAAAAGAAAAUCUCGGGAUAAUUAUAUUGGGUCGUUUGCAAAAAACUUUGGACAACGGAGCAAGUCUGGAAAAAUAAAACCAACUUCUGUAGUUAUUCAGACUUAAAAAAAACAAACAAACAGCAAAUUCAAUCAAAUUUGUUUCUUUUCCAGACUUUCCAGCACUACACAGGAACUCUGAGUGUAGACUGUAUGAACCGUCGUAGUUGGGAGCAACCAAACAUGUAAACCAAAUUCAAAUCAUUUUUAACCAACAGGUCACUUUCAUUAUGUUUCUGUAAAAAGCUGCUGUUUACUUUCACCCUUAAAAUGUGUUAAAGAGACAUUGUUCUGACAAUAAUGAAUGAAUAAUGAAUGAAAGGUCUUUUAAUGAAUAUUUUUAACAUGGUUUUCCAUUUUAUGUGUUUUUAUAAGAAGCGACUACACUGACAUUUUAUGGACUCUGUCUAAUCCAUUUGGUGUCAAAAUGUGCAAAACGUUUCAAAUAAACACAUUCGCCUCGACAACACACUGUUUCCAUCCACCAACAAGGUUCUAGUUUAACUCUGUGUGGAUGAUUGAGCAGUGUGUUGGUUUACCACAGAUUACUGCAGGAUAAACACUGAUCUGCUGCAAACGAAGCAGAUAAAAACACAAAACCAACAACAGCAGAAAAUGAAAGAGGAAAAAAAAGAAAAGUAUAUUUUAUUCAAACAAAUAUCACCAUCUUUUUUCUCUGUUAUCUCGGUAUCAGGCUGCUAUCUUUAGAUAAAGAAGUCUGUUUGAAGUCUGAGGAAUAUUUUUUUGUGUUUCAAGAUGUAAAUUUCUGGUUUUAAUCUCUACAUCCAGACUCUUUGUGCUGCUGUUGACAAUAAUCGCAACACCUGACCUUUGAACUGCUGCUGUGCUCUAACCCAACCUCUGUCUCCAUGACGACAUGCAGGUGAAACAUCCUAUACAUAGCAUCAACAACUUUAUAUGUGAGACGUUUUAGGCAUUACUACUCAUAUAUGUGCAUAUAAGGACUGAAAACACAUUUUUCCAACAAAUAUUUGAAUAAUUUGAUCAUAUUUUUAUGAUUCUGGUGUCCUGAAAUACCAACUGUUACUAUCUAAAUGAACUCCAUGAAGUUGGUACCAAUUGGAUAUUUGUAUAAAUUUCCUUCCAUUUAUCUGGUGUGAUUGAAUUAAAAAAAAAAAAAAAAAAAAAA